AACCGUCAACACGCGCGUUUCACUGAUAUUGCGCACGGUGACUAGGAAAUGCAAGAAGUGCGAACUUGGGCCACUUCCUAGAUUUUGCUUCCUAUCUUGUUGUGAGCAUAUGUAGGGAGUAAAAUGUCAUGUCAACUUAGCUGGUAGAUUCAUAGUUAUAAAACUUUAACCGUUACUGAGGUUCAACUUCACCGCGUCAAAAUCUUGGGACUUUGACCAGGGUACUACAUGUUGCCAGCAUAGGGCACUCAACAGAGAUAAGCCCAUGUUAAACUGUACUCCAGUGAUAACGCAGGGUUACCGUAAUGGAGGAGGGGCCAAACCGACCCCAGCGCAAGUUAUCCACAGCUGGGGAGAGUCUGUAUCAGAUAUUAGGGGUCCAGAGGGGGGCAUCAGAAGAUGAGAUCAAAAAAUCAUACAGAAAACUUGCACUGCGAUAUCAUCCUGACAAGAACCCAGACAACCCAGAGGCAGCCGAGCGCUUCAAGGAGAUCAACAACGCCAACUCCAUACUGAACGAUGAGACCAAGAGGAAGAUCUACGACGAAUACGGCUCCAUGGGCCUCUACGUGUCCGAGCAGUUUGGAGAAGACAGCGUCAAAGUCUACUUCCUCCUGUCCAAAUGUUGGUUCAAGACUGUGCUGGUGAUCGGGUGCCUGUUCACGGGCUGCUGCUGCUGUUUCUGCUGCUGCUGUUGCUGUGGGAAGUGUGCGCGUGCGGAGGAGGAGGAGGAGGGCUUCUGCGACCUCAACCCAGAGGAUCUGGAGGACCAGAUCAGAGCGGCCGAGAUGGAGGCCGGCAUGGGCAUGGCCGACUCAGGAAGUCCUGGGGUCAUCUCUGGACAGCCCAUAGCCCUAGGCCCUCCAGCAGGCUCGGGUGAGAUGCCCACGGCCAUCGUGGUUCAGCCAGUCUCGGAGCUGAACCCAUCUGCUGGACAGGCGGUGAACGCAUCCAGCACUGAAACACUGGUCAGAGACGACUGAGCCCCAUCUCAGUCUUACCUGUAGGAGCCAAGGGAAUAACACACACACACACACACACACACAAUCACAUUAUAUAAACUGAACACACUGAUGAUCGCAUGCAGUGCCUCGACGGAUCUCCACAAAAAGGUCUACUACCACGUCUGCGGUGAUCCUAGCAAGAUUCUGGUGGAAACAUCACUUGUUUCAGAUUCUGCUGGAGAUUCUGUGCCAGACCUCUUAAAGCCAUUUGUUGCUACUGCCACAUCAGUCAGAAUUUCCAUCUGCUGUGAGAUUAUAUUUUUUAUUCUAAAAUAAAUGCAAAUUAAUGUGUUUGAUUAA